CCAGCAUGGGCAGCCUCGCCUACCGAGAGGACCUCGAGGAGGAGAAGAACUCCGCGUUCACCUGGAGUGGAAGCCAACAGCAGGACUACAACAGCCAGUUCAAGGAGAAGUCUUUCCUGUGCUGGCAGAGGAGGAAGUAUAAGAGCAAUGUCAUCCACACGGCCAAGUACAACGUCUUCUCCUUCUUGCCUCUGAACCUGUAUGAGCAGUUCCACCGCGUGUCCAACCUCUACUUCCUUUUUAUCAUCAUUCUCCAGGGCCUCCCCGAGAUCUCCACGCUGCCCUGGUUCACUCUUUUUGUCCCGCUCAUCUGCCUCCUCGUCAUCCGGGCCACCCGAGAUCUGGUGGACGACAUCGGGCGACACAGAAGCGACAGAAUCAUCAACAACAGGCCUUGCCAGAUCCUGGUGGGGAAGAGCUUCCUGUGGAGAAAGUGGGAGGACCUGUAUGUGGGAGACGUGGUCUGCCUGCACAAAGACAACAUCGUCCCGGCCGACCCUCUGCUGGCCAGCACCGAGCCCAGCAGUUUGUGCUACGUGGAAACUGCGGACAUCGAUGGGGAGACCAACCUGAAGUUCAGGCAGGCCCCGCCGGUCACCCACCAGCUGACCAGUAUAGGGAAGAUGGCAUCCUUCCAAGGCAAGGUGGUGUGUGAGGAACCCAACAGCAGGUUGCACCACUUUGUGGGGUGCCUGGAGUGGAACGGCAGGAAGCACCCCCUGGACAUCGGCAACGUGCUCCUGCGCGGUUGCAAGGUCCGGAACACGGACACCUGCUACGGCCUGGUCAUCUACGCCGGUGCGGACACCAAGAUCAUGAGGAACUGUGGCAAGAUCCAUCCGAAUAGAAGCAGGAUAGACCGUCUGCUGAACAGGCUGGUGGCCCUGAUCUUUCUGUCCCUGGUGCUGAUCUCCGUGGCGUUGAGCUUGGGCUUCUGGUUCAAGGUGAAGGAGUUCAAGGCCAAGCACCACUACGUCCCCAGGCACGUGCAGAGCGUGGCCGCCGAGACCUUCCUCACCUUCUGGGGCUUCUUCAUCCUGCUCAGCGUCAUGGUGCCCAUGGCCAUGUUCAUCAUGGUCGAGUUCAUCUACCUGGGCAACAGCAUGUUCAUCAACUGGGACGUACAGAUGUACUACGCGCCACAGGACGUGCCCAGCCAAGGCCGCAGCACCAGCCUCAACGACCAGCUGGGCCAGGUGGGGUACGUGUUCUCGGACAAGACGGGCACGCUCACGCAGAACGUCAUGACCUUCAAGAAGUGCUGCAUCGGCGGCAAUCGUCUACGCCCCCCCAUCAGCGACUUCUUUUCCCGGCUGGUCUGUAUGAAGGCCCACUGCACAGCACCGCAGGGCUCGCUACCCGGCGGGCAUCAGGGAGACCCCGGACCGGCCCGGGACCGAACCGGCACCGUCCUCCGGCCGCCGCCCCCGACUCCCACCAGCUUCGACAACCCCCAGCUGCGAGGGCUGGGAAUGCCCGUGUCCAUCUCUGCCUCUGCCCUGCUUGGAGUCAGCAGCCGGGGCUCCACACGGGCCCGUGGCCAGAGCGAUGCCCCUGGGUGUAUAGUUUCCCCAUCUGUACAGCAGGCACUGAGUGGGAGGCUGGACCAGAGCCUCGAUGAGAGGCUGCAGCCGGGGGACGAUGAUGGUCCGAUGAUUGUCUUGGUGGCUGCGGGUACCCAGAGGAAGGUGUCAGUCGUCAUUGUCACGACGGUGGCCGCAGCCACAGUCACCCGUCGUAGCCACAGCCUCGGGCCCGCCGGCCGAUCAAGUCCUGAAGCCUCCGCGACGGAAGGCCAGUGCUGCCCCCUCCCCUGGGGCUUCCCAGGGGUCCCCGAGAGCCGUGUGGGCUCCGCGGAAGACCCGCGGCCUCACCCAGGGGCGCCACUAGGUGGCAGCACGAACCCAAGGGCGUACCUCAGGCCUUCGCCCUACUCCCGGAGCCCCUCCGCGGCCCAGCACCCUUGCGGCCACCGGGAGGACCCCGUGUGA